AUGGGCACUUCAAAAGUGGCCGUAGUUACCAAGACAAUGGAAGAUAAAAAGAGCAUCAAGAAUAUUCUGAAAAAACCAUUCCAAGCACUAUUCCAGAAGGACAAACAGAAGAAAGAUAAAAUCAAAGAAAAUAAAGAUAAUGAAAAAUUAGAAACAGUGCGCAGCGAAACUAAAGUUACGCCGGUUUCAGUACUUCUGGAGAAGCUUGAGUUAAGACAAGCAAAAUUGGACGAAGAAGAUGAUGAACUGAAGAAUUUUUCAUACCACGUCAUCAAAGACGAUAAAGCUACCGUUAUAGGUUCACAAUUAUCGCGAGAAAGCGGCUUUGACGAGACCUUCACAAACACUGAUGAUGAAGAAGAAAUCCAAAAAGAAAGUAAAGAUGAUUUAGUUGAAUCAUUACAGAAUCUGAAUAUAGCUGAUAAAAUAACCAACAAAGCGAGCGUAGUAGAACAGAAAGAAGAUAGCCUGAUAGAAUCACUUAAGAAUUUGAAGGUAGAUGACAAAAUUAAGAGUGAUGAUAAAAAGAAGAAACAAAUUACUACAGUACGCAUUGACAGAGGACCGAAGAAGAAUAAAGUAUCAGAUUAUAUACCAUCCGUACAUCCGUACAUAGAAGCUAACAAUUCGUAUAGACAUAUAAGUCAAGUGAACCCUCAGACUUUAUCAGGCGGUAAUCUGAUAGUUAAUGAGACGAACACACUUGAAACAUGUCCAGAACUGUCUGUAGCACUUACACAGCUCGACAGAAGCGUGAACGACUUCAAGCAGUACUCGAAACAGGAGCAGGCAGCUGAUUUCGAAACAGCGCUAGACUUUGUCCAAGAAAAAUCAGCCCCAAUACAGUCUUCCACCGAAAUAUUACAACAAUUCGACGAUACUAUGAAUAAUCUAUGCAUAUACCCAACACCACCUAGAUCAGAAAAUCUUCCAAGUCCGAUGUCAGACUCCCAAAUAUACAGCUUCCCACCCGAAUGUUAUCUAUCCCCGGCCACAUCAUCACCUAUUUAUAACAGCGAUAAUGAAAAAUAUCAAGAAAUUAACAACGAAUCACCAAAAUUUAACUAUGAUCAACAGAAGUUAUAUGCUAUAUCCGAUGCAUCAACAAUUCUAUCACCGGCGACUACAUCAUCAAUAUAUAAUAGUGACAACGAAGGAUGUUCGACUUUAGCCGACUAUCCAGCGUCAGUCAGCGAAAAAUCCAUGAAUAAUCCAAAUUUAUCACCAAUGUGCAACAUUGAUCAUGAGAAAUACCAAGAUAUUUCAUAUAUACCGAUACCAGCGGAGAAAAAAGAGGGAAGUCUAAGAAGGAAUUCGAGUUCCAUGACUAUGAAACAGUAUAGGGACAUGCAGAAAGAAAUAGCACAUGAAUUCUCCAAAAAAUUGUGCUGUCAGGUCAAUAGGAAAUCCUGCAAGGAUAUCUUCCAAGGAUACAUGGAAAAACUUUCUAUGAAGGACAGAAAAUACCUCUGUUAUCAAGUCGCCAACCUGAAAUUGGAGGAAGCUUAUGGUAUACUCCACCACGUUUUGGCGAGUCUCUCCACCAAAGAAGAUCCCUUCCAAAUGGCUCUAUUUAGUCUGAUCUGCCAGAAGGUUCUCGCCCUGAAACCAGGGCUGUUUGUGGAUGAAUUCGGACACAAUCUUCUAGCAUCAGCUGUUCUUCGGUGUCGGAAAAUACCACUUCUGACUCGAUACCUGGUUCAAUGUGUUAGGACAGUGACUCGCAGCGAGACGUACAGACCUACUAACGAAUAUGUCUUCACUGAGGUCAACGACCUCGGUGACAACCUCUUCAUAGCUUGCGCCAGAGCUGGCGACGAAUGUGGCGACACACUGAGCGAACUAGUGAGGAAGGAGGAGAACGACCCGCCUCUGUUUAAUAUACACCACACUAAUACUAACGGUUACACUGCGCUGCACGCGUGCUGCACGCGGCCAUCGGGCGGCGCGGGCGCGGCAUACGUGCUGCACGUGCUGCUGAGACACGCGGGGGCGGACUUAUGGAGGGGGGACGUCAAAGGCGGUGACACUCCUCUCCACUUAGCAGUUAACUCAGCGUCGUGCGACCUCAAGAUAGUGAUGAUACUGUUCCAUCACAUUAAUAUCAAGGAUAGGAGGAGUCUGGCGCACAUACAGAACAGGAGCUCGGACACUCCGCUCGACUACGCUCGCUCCGCGUCCAAGUCCCGCGCCAACUACCCGAGCGAGGUGCUCGAGUUCCUUAAGAAGUGUCGCUAA